AUGGAUCUCGCGGGCACUCUCAUCCGGAUGACGGCGCGGGCCUUCUACGAGACCCGUCACAUCCUGGUGAUCGAUGCCCUGUUCAUACACUCAGUCCUAAACGCCGAAGAUCUGGCUCUUCUCUUGGGGAUGCAACAGAAAGACGUGAGGAAACUCUGUGGUCGCCUGCGCGAGGACCGGUUGAUAUCUGUGCACCAUCGAACUGAGAUGCGAGAAGGCCAGACUCGUCCCCGCGAAUAUUACUAUGUGCCGCUGUAUCCCGUUAUAGAUGCGAUCAAGUACCGUGUAUCUCGCCUAACCUCCUCCAUCAAAGCGCAGUACACCCCGAACCAGGAGAGAAAGGAGUUUAUCUGCCAACGAUGUUCCGCCGAGUGGACGCAGCUGGAAGUUCUCAGCAGUGUAGGGCCAGACGGGUUCGAGUGUCUACGAUGCAACAAUACUCUGUCGACCGUGGAUGAGGUCGAAGGGGCCGGCGCUGACCGGAGUGGCCAUGAGAAGAACAGCAAGCUCAUGGCGCAGUUAGAUUCUAUAUUGAAGCUUCUUAUACAGAUAGACUCUACGGAUAUACCGCCUAACGACUUUGAUACUGCGUGGGAGCACAAGGUGGAUGUUAUACGGAACCAGAACACUAAUCCUACCCGUGUUGCCGUUGCCGUUAACAAGAAGGGCUCAUCUACCGUCAAGGGUGUUAACAAGACCGAUGCUUCUGCCCUGGAAGUCAGUCUGUCUUCCUCCGCGGAGAAGAAUGCAGAAGAACAGGCCCAGAAGGAGGCACGGAAGGCUACCCUGGAGAAGCAAAACGCACUUCCAGUCUGGCACACUCAUUCCACCGUAUCCACCUCGGCGACCAACCUUCCCACCGUUAAAGUUGAGGCCAACGGUACCGCCGCAUCCACGGAUGCUACCGCAGAAGACACUAAAGUCGGCAUCAAGGACGAAGAGGAAGAGAAGAAGGACCCGCAGGACGACAUGGAUGAUACUAUUGCCACCUACUAUGCCGAGAUGGCACGCGAGAAGCAACUCGCUGCCGCGGAGUCCUCUGACGAUGACGACGAUGAGGAUGACGAAGAGUUCGAGGACGUCAGUGCCACUCCGGACGGGGGCACGCAGUCAGACACAGGCAGCGUAGCUGCUGGCGGUACGGCUCCUGGAACCCCCACCGUCAACGGCAACGGUACCGGCAGCAGCCUGAAGAGAGAGCUUGACUCGGAGUCUGGCACUAGCGGGCCCAACACGAAUGCGGGGACGCCUAUCACGCCUGUGGACGAGGAUGGGCCGGCGGCUAAGAAGGUUAAACUGGAGACGGAGCCGGAGGUCAAGAAGGAGGAUGAUGCUGGCUCUGACGAGGAUGAAGAAGAGUUUGAGGAUGUGUAG